AUGAAUUUACCUAAUGGGAGCUGCAUUAUGGGGACAAGACCGAAACGACCGAGCCUCCUACGGUCGAGCGUCACCGAACCAUCAAUCACAACACACAAUGCCCUCCGGGGCUCUCUUGUCAACCCAGCCUGUCCAAAGAAGGCAACUGAAUUGCUUAGCAAAGCCUGGAUCUACCCUGUUACGAGGCAGAUCAUCACCUCAAACUGUUCGUCGGAGCGAUUACAACAGUCGACCACGGUCAUGGAUGCUCGCGGGGAGCAGCAACACACUGUCGCGCACGCCGACAAAUAUGGUGGCGAUGACCUGCCACAGGAGUCUCAAUCAGAUUGUUACUUCAGUUUCCCCAAUUUCGACAAAUGGAGUAUAUCGGAGCCAUGCGGCACCAAAGAGCCUAACUGA